UCCAGUACUGCAGGCUGAUGGGAAACACAUUUGUGCUUGACAAUGCUCAAUGAUGAAACUUUCACCAGUCAUACUUUGAAGGUAACCGGUUUCUUGAAUGACGUCUUACAGUCUGUGCUGCUCGCCUGCUGAAUCCAGAUUCAAAUUUGGAAUCUAGCCGGCUUCAAAGUCCAUUUGCGUGCUUCGAUACAACACACAUCCUUCGUAUCAAACUGAUACCACAUAUCUUUACAAGGCUUCCCGCUCUUGCAUGCAACUUGUAUUUUAGUUGAUUUCCCGGCAGACCGAGAGAUUUUGUCGAGAUUUUCCAGCAGUGUCUUCGGGGUUCCUCUUUUCGCUAUACAUCAGGUAUCGGUUGUCCAGAAUGGUCGGAACGUCGCUCGAGAGAGACAAGAACGGGGAUUCACGGUUUCGUGGAUGUACAAAUAUACGAGACUUCGAGUUCCUGGGCAAACUAGGUGAAGGCACUUUCGGGGAGGUAUAUAAAGCCAGGUCGAAGAGAGAUAAUACCAUUGUUGCGCUAAAAAAGAUUCUGAUGCAUAAUGAGAGGGAUGGAUUCCCAAUUACGGCUCUCCGUGAGAUCAAGCUGCUCAAAAUGCUAUCACAUAUCAAUAUUUUGCAUCUUAGGGAAAUGGCAGUGGAACGCAGCAAAGGGGAAGGACGGAAAAAGCCAAGCAUGUACAUGGUCACCCCAUAUAUGGAACAUGACCUUUCGGGGCUGCUUGAGAAUCCAGCUGUUCGGUUCAGCGAAGCUCAGAUCAAAUGCUAUAUGCUGCAACUUCUUGAGGGUCUCAAAUACUUGCACGCGAACUCUAUCCUACACCGCGACAUGAAAGCGGCCAAUCUCCUUAUCAGCAAUAAAGGCAUUCUCCAGAUCGCUGAUUUCGGUCUGGCUCGCCCAUAUGAGGAGCCACCUCCUCAACCCGGGAAAGGUGGCGGCGAAGCUAAAAGAGAUUACACCACCCUCGUUGUGACUCGAUGGUACCGCCCUCCAGAGCUUCUUCUUCAACUGCGUCGUUACACCACGGCAAUCGAUAUGUGGGGGGUCGGUUGUGUUUUCGGCGAAAUGUUCAAAGGGAAACCUAUCCUCGCUGGCAACAGUGAUCUCAAUCAAGCCCAGCUCAUCUUCAACCUAGUCGGCUCACCUACUGAAGCAACGAUGCCUGGGUGGUCUUUGCUCCCCGGAUGUGAAGGUGUGAAGAGCUUUGGAAACCGGCCCGGGAGGUUGUCCGAGGCGUUUAGAGAGCAAAGCUCUAAUGCGGUCUCCCUGUUGGGAGAGCUCCUGAGACUUGAUUGGAAAAGAAGAAUUAAUGCUAUUGACGCAUUGAAGCAUCCAUACUUUUCCGACCCACCACUCCCUGCACUUCCAGGUGAGCUACCAUCAUUCGAGGAUUCUCAUGAACUUGACAGGAGAAGAUUCCGAGGGCACAGAGCGCCAAUGCCUCCUGCACCUGCUGGAGGGUCCAUAGCAAUGGCCACAAAUGGAAGCUGGACCACAGCCUCCGGUAACAUACCGCCUGGUGCAGAAAACAAGAGUAGUCGGCUUCCUAGUAUUGUGCGCUCCAACAGGCCACUUCCUGGUGCGGGUCCUGGACAUUCUCAAGCUCGUUCAUUUGACAACCGACUGGCCGAAUCGCACAGCUUGCGAACAAGGCCCGGCGAAGAGUCGCAAUCUGGUUCUUGGCGUAGGGGCGGCCUACCCCCGAAACCUCCUGCAUCAGCACACCAAUGGCCCUCUGGUAAUCUGAACAGAAUCGGACGCGAGAGGGACUAUCAUCGUUCAUGUGGACGGUCUGAGGCUCAUGUGGACUCUUAUAAUUCUCAUGCUAGCACAAACUCGGUGGACCAUCACCAGGGCAGGGAUAGCAAUCUUAGCCAUAAUACUGGUAGGCAUGAUUACCCUGAAAGCCAAUAUACUAGGCAUGAUUAUACGCGUGAGAAUAUAUUACGAAGAAGGAGUCGGAGUCCCGUCGCGAGAGAUGGUGCUCGUGAUACAGAUAGAACAUCUUUUCGCAGGUGAUUCAACUAAUCUCAGCUUUCCUUAUGAUUUUCGAGUGUGAUAUACAGAAUUGUGAGGCCGUGUUGAACAUUUUCGCCAAAACUGGCAGGGGCAGGAAACUAAGCUCAGUCCACAAUCACCUACGGCGAGCCGCCUUCAAGUCGUAGCUUCCAAGUGCCAAGUGAAUGCGAGCUGGUGGUC